CACAUUACGGGUAUCCGGUAAUUUCAGUCAUUAUAAGUAGGAAGUUCUUCGAAGAUUCAGGCGCUGAAAACGAGGUUUCGAAGUCCUUUUUUCUGGAUUAAAGUGGAACAUGGACGCCAGUAAACCACUACAGAUAGCAGCUGGAGAUGCUUCUGGACCAGAGGAGGAGACUCACUCAACAGCAGCUGCUUCCAAGGCAGCCAGUCGUCUGCCGGUAGUUCGCCUGGUGGUGCUUGGAUGGAGGUGGCCGGGGAAGAGCUUAACGGCCAACACCAUCCUCGGCAGGGAGGAGUUUCAUUUGGAACGGGCGGCUGAGUUCUGUGUAAAGAGGGAGACAGAGGUUGAUGGCCGUCAGGUGAUCGUGGUGGACACUCCUGGUUGGUUCUCUGCUCAGGAUACGCCGCCCUCUUAUAAACAGGAGCUGGUUAGAGGCGCCUCUCUUUGCCCUCCAGGCCCUCACGCCUUCCUGCUAGUCGUUGCUGUGGGCAUGUUCACCGACGUGGAUCGCGCUCGCAUCGAGGAGCACGUCAACCUCUUUGGCGAGCACGUUUGGAGGCACACCAUCGUGGUGUUCACCUGGGCAGAGGUGCUCAGGAAAAUUUCCAUAGAGAGGUACAUUCGCAGAGAGGGCAAAGAACUGCAGUGGGUUCUGGAGAAAUGCAAGAAUAGGUACUUUGUUAUUAACAACUCUAUAUUUGGGGAGCAUCCCCAGGUGGGACGCUUGAUUGAAAAGGUAGAGAGGUUGGUGGUAAAGGAGGGGGGGCACUUUAAUCCAGAGGUGGAGAAUAAACCGCUGGAUGAGAACCAGAAUCCAGCCAGAGAUGUGCAGGAGCUGGGGGCCCGGCCCAAACAGAACUCUGGACUCGCUCUGUCAAAAAGCACGGAGCAGACAGGAAGUGAGUGACUGUCUGCAGGUGAAGAGGCAUUUCUGUAAAUUAAAAUGUGUAGAAUUACAUUUAAACAUCAAAUCAAUCCUAAUCAACUGGUUAUAGUUCAAUAUCAUCAAGGACUCUUGAGAGGAAAACCUGUUAUCAGUAGAUCACCUCCGUUCCAAGCUGCUUCAUCGCUACUUACUCAAUCAGCUGGUCAGAUAAUCAGCCACACACCACACUGAUGUUUAUUCACUACUUUUGAUUCAUCUGAGCUGUUAUCAAGGAGUUAUGUCCUUUAUUCAUAACUGAGACAGAUUCUCUGAGAUUUUCGUGAAAUAGUUUCUUAAACCUGUCAUUUUUGACUAUAAAUGUGAGACCCUGUCAUCUCCUUUAAGAUCACCUUCAGAUGUCUGAAAACAUUUGGACACAAUGUACACUUACAUUUAUUAUUUUCAGGACAAAUUUUAAUUGUGUUUGAGUUUAAAAUUAUGAAUCUAGAAAGUCCUCUUUUUAAAUCUCUGAAUUCUCACGUUAGUCUGAGAAGUAUUUACUUUUUUAUUGUUUCUGUUGGCCCUAAUCCUCUUCUGUAGAUAUUUAUCCAAAAGGUCCUGUUAGAGAACUUUGUGGUUCUACAGUGAAUGUUUGUUUAAGUUGUUAAAGGUUGUAGACCCCUGGUUUAGGUGUCCCCUGGGACUGAUAAGCUAAUGGCUAGUCCAAGCACAGUCAGGGCUCAUGUGUAUUUCAGUCUAACCUCUAAAAUGUUCAAACAGUUCAUGUAUUCAUAAAUUUUAUUUCAAACCUUUUCAACAGCUAAGGGAAAUAAUUUAUAACUUUACCACAGGAAAACGCUGAAGAAUAUCAUUGAAGCUCAUCAUUUUCAACUGAACAUAAACAGCGAAGAGUUUUAAUAAAAUGUUCUCAUUUGUUAGGCAAACUUUUAAAUUGAUUAAAUUGAGCCGUUCAAAUAAAACAAACAUACAUUUGGGUCAAUACAUUUUUCGCUGAGGCAACAUUAACCCUUUGAUGCAUGAAUUAUGAAAUCUUCAACCAUGAUUUUUUUGAACAAUUUUUUUCAUUCAUCUUUAGGUGUGAAUGUAACAAAUUUCAUAUUUAUUUGUAACAUUUAAGUUACACAUAGUUUAUUACAUGUCCACCUCAGUGGACAGCGUGAAUUCUGAACAUGAAAUAUGUUGGCUUGACUAACUGAAGUCCAAAUGGAGGGGCUCAAAUGCAACAGACUUCAACAGCUGUGCUAUAUAGCAAAAAUAAAUAACAAUUUUGAGUACCUGUCCACUGUACUGACAAUUAUGCAUCAAAGGGUUAAAACAAAUUUUCUAAUUAUUUUAAACCAAACAAUCAUUUAGUUUUAAUACUUAAAUGCCCUCAAACACACAGGAUCUUGCUUUUUUAUUAUUUCUUCUCUUUAACAGUUACAUACUGAGACUUUGUAAACAGAUGCACCUUUUUCUCAUCUUCAAUGUCAUUAUUGCUUCUAGUUACAAACGGUUGAUCUGAAGCAGCGAUUUUACAAUAUGAGACUUUUCUAAAUUAGUCAUUUACUUCAAAAUGCUCUCUUCCUGUUUUCACAACCACUCAAGGAUAAACCAAUAAAAACAGCAUACGAUGACGUCACUGAAGGGGUUUUUAAACGUCGGAACCAUUUACGCAACAAGACAAAGUUGUAACAAAAAGUUACUGAAUGUGGAAAUCGGCGUGUUUUGGUGUAUUUAUUUAAAAAAUCAAUUAUCUAACAUGUUUUUAUUUGAAUGAAUUCAGGAGGUAUUUUUAAAAUAUUAAAUACAAAUACAUUAGCUGUUACACCUUUAUUGUUUUUAGAUUCAGCACUCCAUAGCUUAAAGAGCAAGUCACCCCCAAAUCAACUUUUUUUUGCUGAUAAACUAUAUAAAUGUGUGUCUAAUCGUGCUGCAGACAUGUGUGGUCAAUAACUUGGUACUUCACUGCAUUUUAGUUAAAAUUUAAAUGUUCUGCCUAAAACUGUCAGUGUUGCACCGUCGUCGGGUAAAAACUCUGCACUGCAUUGGAAUUUAAAUCUGCCACCGCUGUUGGCUAAGAGGUAUGCUAUGAUGUAAACUGGUACAUUAUGAUGUCACAAUGCCGUUGUGAGCCUGUGUGUGUGUGUAUUUGUUAGCGGCUCCGCCCUCUCUCUCUGCUAGGCAACAGCAUUUGUUGCAUUUUUCAAACAGGAAGUGAGAGUUGAUAAAGAAUCUGGUAGGGGUGACUUGCUCUUUAAGCAGACCAGAACCACGCUGCUUCACUAACACUGUAACUUUGAUUUUUAAAAUAAUUUCCUUUUGUUGUGACCAAAACUGAAUAUUGUCAUGUUGUAAAGCAGUUAGUUCUAUAAAUAUCAUGGGUGUGUUUGUUUGAAAUGGAUUAUUUUUAUGCUUAAUCUAAAUGAAGCCAGUGGGAAUGUUUUAGAAAAGUCUGCUUCUGUACAGAAUAACACCACCGACGGGAGACUAAAGCCACAUGUUCAAGAAUUGUUUUUCUUUAUUACUGUAAUAGUGGAUCAAAUCUUUUGUUUUAGGCAAAAAUAAACACAGAUAAACGUC